AUGCAAUUCUCGCCCUUCCUGGCCCUGAGCACCUCAUCUCGAGCUCGCUCCGAUUCAUCCCACCAGGGCCCAAGAAGUGAUAUAUCCUCCAGUCCACCCAGCUCCACCACCACCUGCUCCCCGCCGCCAUCUCCAACCGCGGCAUCUCGACGCUACAGCCAGCACCGGCAUAUCUUCUCGCAUGCCAGUCCCCACCACCACCGCCACAACCAACCUCAAAAUCAGCAUACACACCAACCCUAUAAUGGCACAACUCCCACCGACAAUAAUAAUGAUAGCAACACCACUCUCCGAAACCCAGAGUCUGGCCUCCCCAAUUCCCCAGCCCACUGCGGCAUCAGCAUCCUCCCCUGUGCUAUCCUCCGCGGCCGCUCCUCGCUCAUGAUGCUGCGCCGGCGUCCUUCUGCCGUUGAUAUGGUGCUCAACGAGGAGCGGCUGCGCUGUGAUGGCGAUGCGAUUGAGCGGCAGGGGUUGGGGCUGAUGGAGCCGCGGCCUGUGGAGAUGGAUUUGAGGGCGAGUGCCAAUGCCAAUCCCAGUGCCAAUGCUGCUGUUUCUUCCGGUGCGUCCAAUCAAUCGGAUCACAAUCCUCGGGCUGUGUUGGGUGCUCCGCCUGUGCAGCAGCCGCGGUUUGUGAUGGGUGGGAUUUUUGAGGUGAUGGAGGAACAGGCUUGA